AUGUCCACUCUAGCCUGUAGCAAUUUGGAGCUAGCAGAUUCGAAAGCUAUGGAAGAUGUGAGCCUAAUUAAGUUUGCCAUAACAGCGUUUACUACGGAGAGUUUGAGCAGCAAGAGGAAAAUGGGAUUGUCAUCGCAUGGUGGAACUUCAGUUAAUCAAUAUCCCGAAUCGGCAAAUGAAAAUAGUACAUGGAAAAGGGGCUUAUUGUGGGGAAGUAUAGCGUUGGGAGUGAUCGUCAUUCUCUUGAGCUUGGUGUUGUGUUCAUAUUUUGCAUACCAAAAGUACGCAAACCCGACAACGACGGCAGAGAAAGGGCUGAAAGAAGAUCUCGAUAGCAAGACUAGAGAGUAUUUGCACAACACGCAGGGAAGUCCACGGUCGUCGAUAGUGCAUUCUAGCACAUCUAUCAAUCCAACACCCCAACAAGCGCUCAUUAGUGGGUUAUCAAAUACUCGAACUAGCAGCCAUAGUUUACUCUCAUACACCCAGAGCUUCAACAAUACGAACAGACUGGGCGCCGGCCAUCCCACCUCUUGCACCGUGACAAACACGGCACCUUCAAUCUUUGAAUACGGCGCUAGCUUCAAGGAGAAAAAGGCCAGGAAGGACAAUGAGAAGAAAGGACAAAGACUGACAAGACAAAAAUCGAUGGGUGACAAAGAUAGUGGGUCAGUCAGAUUGGGCGCGAUCACACUGGAUCCCCUACCGAGUCAGGUCGAAGAUCAUCUGAAUUCGUAUGCAGGUUCUCCCAAACAGACUGCAACUAGAAUGGAUAGCGGGUUUUCAUUCUCGUCUCAAACAACUGUUAAGGGUAUUGAUAAUUCCAAUUGUCAGCCCAGUGAGACACUGAAUUUGACGGAACAGAUUGUUGCUCGAUUAGGCUCCCCACCGCCCAGGCGACAACGGAACAGGUCUACUUCAACUGGGAGUGAGACUACUGUAGAGUCGAGGUUAAACUUCAAGAGCGAAAAUAGCGUGAACUAUCGAACCAAACCUCCCACAGAACCUGUCAAGCUUGAUUCUGUAGAAGUUGCACAAUCUCCAAUCACAGAGGUUUAUGUUAAGGCAAACGCACGAGAUAAAAUCCCAGAGGCGAAACCUGUUGUGAAAGUGGAUAACAGUUUAUCUACCGGCUUAACUGUUGGGAAGCCUACAAUCAGACCACCAAAGUCUCCGUUGUGUCAAAGAUCUCCCUCAAAUUUGUUCAGAGAAGCUACACUGAGCGCAACGGACGACAAUCCUCGCACGACAUCAACAACCAGCGCCAGUUCUGCGGAGUCAUGUGCGCGUAGUCAAACAGAGAUGGCAUAAAGCCAGAGCCGAAGGGUGUAGGUGAUCCGCC